AUGGAAGGAGCUGAGGCAGCAAGUGAACGGCCUGCCGCCACUCGAAGACCGAGGUUCGAUCCGGACGAGUAUCAGAUGCGAAAACGCAAGACUUCGAGCCAGCUACCUCGGCGGGACAAUGACGUCUACGUCAACAUGUCAACGAAUUUCAAAGGGCAGCUGGAACGCUGUCGGAAGCUGAUUGAUAGCGGAAAGACUGAAGUGUUUGUGCACGCCUUGGGAGCAGCUGUGGGCAGAGCGAUCAACCUAGCGUUGCAAGUGGAAAGUCACUACCAAGGAGUGCUCGAAGUGGACGUUCGCACAUCUACAGUUGGCGUCGUGGAUGAUUUGGAGCCGCUUGCAGAUGACCUGGAGCCUAUGACACAGACACGACAGACAUCUGCUGUUCACAUUAGACUGUUCAUGCCAAGUGCUCAGAAACAAGAAUAG